AUGACGCUCUUUUCUGUUUUAUUCGCUGUCUUUCUGUCUCUUACAUUCGUCUUUGCUGAAGACGAUGACAAAACUAUGGCUUUGGUAAGGGUCUUUUUAGAAUUCUCUUUUCUCUCUAAUUAUCCCUUUUGAGUGCAAUUAUUGGUAUAAACGUUCUGUAUUAAGACCUAUUAACAUUCAUUGACAACAUUCAAUAUAUCUAGCGAUCUUAGUAAAACACGAAUACCAUUCCAUUCCAUUUAAUGAAAUAUAAAAACUGACAUAUCAUGUUUCAAGUAUAACAAUUGGCAGCAAAUGUUUAAAGAAGACUCUGAGGCAAUGCAAAAUGAUUAUAGGGAAUCAGUUUGUGGACUUUCUUAAGUUUUAUUUCUUUUAAGCUCAAUUAUCAGUGCACGGUAUUUGCGCAGUUGGGACACCUAUCUAUGAAUAAAUUCAUAAGGCAAAACUUUCCUUGUGCUCCAUCUUUUAAAACGCUUAUAUCUCGACUGUUUUGGAGGCGAAUUAGAUAAAAGUUUACAGAGACAUUAUGAAAUCAUAUGACAGAAGUUUAGGACGACUGUUUUUUAUUUAGUAGAUCAGGCUUUACAGUGAUGCUUUAAGCCACAGUUGUACCAAAUUGGGAAAUCGUGAUUUUGUGUCCAGUUGGCGGAAAUAAUAGACGUUUUCACGGUUGUUUCAAUUUUUGACAUGGACAAGUUAGGGAAAAUCCUUCCACACCACUGGAAAGAGCGCCUUAAGAUUAGUAGAACUGCCAAAUUUGAAAGUGAUAUGUCUUAAGCGAGCGCAGAUAUAGCUCCGCAAAGCUGCAAAAAUUUACAGGCGUUUGUGGGGGGGGACACGUUUUUGCCCACCACCACACGAAGGUCUGUAAAAUUUCGCGACUUAAAGGAGCUAAAUCUUCGUCAGUUUUCAACAAAUCACUUUCAAACUAUACAAUUUUACCAAUCGACCGCAAUAGGGUUUAACCACAGGGUGAUAUUGAAACUUUAGUUUAGCGGUAACUUGGCUUAACUGGGGUCUUAACUGAGUCGCCCACGUUUGUCAAAGAUUCUUCCUUGAUCAAUACUUUAGGAAUGAUUUAAAAAUGCAAUUUCUCAACAAGAUCAAUUCAAUAUUAUGCACCUUUUUUGAGGGUCAUCAGGUCGACUUUAUUAGACCAGAUUGUUUGAGCCAAUACUAAGCACUAUACCUGACAUUUCAAAUUCAUACGUACUUUCAAAUUCUUAUUUUACUGGCAGAAAUACUUGAGCCAGUACCAUUACGUAUCCCCAGCCCGUUCGGGAAAUCAUAAUGUAAAGACAGCCACCUUUGCUGGUCUUCCUGUGACUGGAGAACUAGAUGACGCCACCAUCAAACAGAUGAAAAAACCCCGUUGUGGAAUGCCUGAUGUUGAUGAGGACGGUCGAGCGAAGAGGUACAAGACUGGGUCCAAGUGGAGCAAGGAGCAACUAAAGUACUUUGUUGAACAUGGGGCUGAUUUACCUCACUCCACGCAGGACAGCGUGUUCGAGAAAGCCUUGAAGUUUUGGUCUGAUGUGUCCGGAUUAUCUUUCUCUAAAGCUUCUAACGCUCGAGAAGCUGACCUAAAGAUCAGGUGA